GGUUCGUCCUCACAUCCCACCAUCUGUUUUAAUGGGAACCAAGGGAAAAUCACUAUCCCUUGUUCGGAGAAUAGAGAUGAAUUGAGGAUCUUCACCUUCGGUGUGACUAACGUUGCACGGGACAAUCCACAUGGAAGCUUUGACUGCGUCCAACAGCUCAGCACUGGUGCUGCCGAGGAGCUGUCAUGUCUCGGGGUGAUUCAGAAGAAGAUGACAGUCAACGCUACAGAUGACUCGUACGAUAAGGCCCGUCAGAGCAUGGCCCAAGCCGAGGAAGAGACCCGGAGCCGAGGGGCCAUUGUCAUCAAACAUGGGGGGCGCUUCCAGGGCAAGAAGGUAACGGUGCGAGCCCCGGCCCCCGCGCUGGCCAGCCUGACCAAGCCGCGGCACCCGUCCAAGCCUCUCCUCAGCAACGUCAAAAGGGGGGUCUGCGUGUCCAAGCCGAAGAAGGGUUCCUGUGCUUCGAACAGGAAGAGCGUGGGUGACGUGCAGGAGAGGCCGCUCAGGGAGAGAGUAACACACCUGCUGGCUCUGAGGCGGUACAAGAAGCCCGAACUGAUCGUGAGGCUGCAGAAAGAUGAACUGACUGCAGGAGACAAAGACCUGCUGGACUCUGUACUGAUGGAGGUUGGCCAACUCAAUAGUAGAGACAACUCAUUUGUUCUAAAGGACGGUCUGUAUAAGGAGCUGCAGAAGGACUGGCCAGGCUAUACUUCAGAUGACCAGAAGCUUCUUAACAGAAUCCUCGUCAGGAGACUGUUUCAGCCACAACAGAACCUCCUCACCGUCCCAAAGGCCCAGGUCAGUCCACUGCGAGACACCCCCAACUCCUCCACAGAACAACACCCAAAACUUUCCCUGCCCGAGGAGUACACCGACCCUCUGGCGAGUAAGAAGCCCAGGAUAUCCCACUUGUCCAGCAAAACGGCCAGUGAAAAGUCAAAAGUGAUGCCGUCCAAACAAGUGGCUCCUAGAGACGUCACAGGAGCGAUGGGGAAUGACGGGCAAAAGAACUUGCUUGAUCCUCGAAGGCUUUUUGACUCCUUGUCAGAAGUCUGUCAGCGGGAAGCAGAAGUGGCCAAGAGGCUCGAACCAACUCCCCGCGCUCAGGAGGAGCCCAGAGGAACAGCAGACAAACCUCAGCCCAACUCUGAUCGUACUCCGUCCCCUCUGGUAGUGCCAGAUCUGAACAGACACACAAACAAAAGGAAGAAGAGCAAACACAAACACAGAGAUCAGGAGAAGGAUAGGUGGAGAGACAAGAAAGAAAGGAGAAAAGAGCGCAAUUCAGAGGAUCCAAACAAUAAAGCCUCCCUGGACUGCAAAGAGCCGAGCGAAAUUAUGUUUGAUUCUAAUGUGCUUCAAGCAGACAAUGACCCAGCAGACUAUUUAUUGACGUAUACUGGAAUUCGCAGUCACGACCAGAGACAGAGCUACAAGCAGGACUUUAACAGGGAGUACAGCGAGUACAGAGAUCUUCACGCACGUAUUGAUGGCGUGACACGGCAGUUCAUGGAGCUGGACACGCAGCUCAAACAGCUGCACCACGAAUCACAUAAAUACAAGACGGUUCAUAAUCAAAUUCUUCAAGAGUAUUACAAAAUUAAAAAGUCCAACCCCAACUACAACCAGGACAAGAGUCGCUGUGAAUAUCUACACAAUAAACUGGCCCACAUCAAGAAGCUCAUAUCAGAGUACGACCAACAACAACUCCGUGUGGAUCCAUCAAGUCUCAACUGAAGUGUAGACCAGUGAGCGUACAAUGAGAGUACAAUGAUCAACCCGAGGCAGGGGAGGUUCACACUACUGACCUAGAAUCUUUGGUCUUUGUGGCUAAACGUAGUCUCACGAGACCUGCUGGAAAUGUCAUGGAGGUUGGGCGUCAUUUGUGAAGAGCAGCAGUGGUGCGCUGGGAAAAGCAGCCCUAUGAUAUGAGAUCUUUUCUUUGAAGAUGGUAAAACGGUUCGACCAAUGGGCUGCUUCUUCAGUGACACGAUACUGCCAAGGACACAAGGAGUAACAAUAGUUGUAAGGCUCCUACAGCUAAAACUGUCACUCAGAUACAUGAGAUGAGGUGCUAGAGCCUAAAACAUUUGUAGAUUCCCCAUCCCCAUCACACAUUUUAGUUUUUUUGUAAAUUAAAUCAGUUUGGGUAUUUGCCUAUGUGUUUGCCAUGUCAGUGUUUAAACUGGAAGCAUGAGAUAACUGCACGCUGUAUAUACCCAGACACCUCAUAUGAAUGGCAGGUGGGCGUCCUGAUGGCACCUUGGGAUUCCCAUCCUGCGUAGACAUCUGUUCUGCGGAUUUUCCUGAAAGUAUUGCCAGUGAAAUGGUUACUAAUUCUGGACCGGAUUUAUAGUAUUCCACUGGUGUUGUCCUUUAUGUGGCUUUCCCGGAGCACAGAAGACUAUUACGUUGACCAUAAUGCUAACUCGAAGUUGUAUUCAGGGAAUUUACAGUACGAGCUGCAGUACAAGAAGCUUACACUUAAAACUGAUUAUCAGAGUACAGAAAGGUAUUGUUACUGUAGGCUGAGCCUGUUAAAAGAAAUAAGAUUUUGUUGCAUGCGGUGUACUUUACAGGAUGCAUGAGGAAUAAAUCAGCAGUUUUGUCAGUUUUAAAUAAAUUAAUUUGUAUUCAAUUUUGUAUGA